GUAUCUCUCGGUACACUUCAGUACCUAGACUGGAAUUGUUAAGAGACACGCGAACUUCAUUUUUUUCAUCAAUGUCCCCGAGUUGCGGCUCGUGGUUCAUUCACCAAUAACCUCAAUUAAAUUCCAAUGAUGAAUAAGUAAUAAUGCGACAUUUAUCGCUAGGUGCGAUAUUAUUAUUCGCUAGAUAUACGACGAGAAUUUCCGAGGAUAUAGCAGACAGAGAUGGAUGAUGAAGACGCAAGUCUUUCCGCGGAUGGCGAUGUCCAGCAGCGAUCUAAGAAGAGACGUAUCUCACGCGACGAAGAUGUCGAAGGUCCUGCUUGUCAAUCGUGCCGGAAGAAAAAGGCCAAGUGCUCACGACAACAGCCAUGCUCUGUCUGUGUGAAAUAUCGAACUCAAUGUGUUUACGACGAAACUCGUUCCAAGCCCGGAAUGAAAACCGGUGCCAUUGAGAAUCUAAGUCAGAGGGUUGCCAGCCUCGAGCAAAUGUUCCUUGGACAGAGCAUGCUAUGGCAACAACUUUGGACUGGCCUAACGAGCAAUGAUAAUGGGCACACAGGCCCCCACACAGAUGCUCUACAAGCCCCGUUAUCCUCCCUGAAGGAGCACAUAGGACAAGUGAAGUCAAAUUUGUCGCACUUGGCCUCCACCAAUUCCUCGCAACUUAACAACGUCCCGGAGCGGCCUAAAUCAAACCAAUGGAAUUCCAAAUCGGCUAUAAAAGAUGUAACAGAUCAUGAUCUUGUCAGAUCUAGUGAAUAUGAUGAAGAUUUACCGCCCAGAGAUUUGAUUGAUGCUCUAGUUGAGAUUUAUUUUGCAAAAAUCCAUCCAUGGAUACCCAUGCUCCACGUCCGGGGUUUUCGCCAACGGAUGGCCAAUGACCGAGAGCGCCCACGAUUAACAACCAUAUUCCACGCCAUAGUUUCGCUCUGCGCUAGGUUUUCGCCCGAUUCACGACUUGGGAACGCCGAUGAGAAAGCUCGAAAUGCUAAAAGAAGCAAGCAAGUGGUCUUGCUUCGGAGUAUGGAAUCCUUCUCAGUAGGGAAUUUACAGGCUUUGAUCAUAUGUGCCUUCGAUACUCUAGGGAGUGGUCGAGGACCCUCAGCUUGGUCUAUCGUUGGCUCCAUGACUCGGACUGUGGAACAACUGCGGCUCAGUGUCGAGGAAGAUGAUCAACCCACCGCCGCGUCCGCCGAAGUCAUGAUUAAAAGAAUGGCAUUUCUACCCCCGGCUCGUACCUGGAGCGAGAGAGAAGAACGACGUCGGGUUUUCUGGAACAUAUUCUUGAUGGAUCGGUUUUGCAGUAUCGCAACUGGCUGGAACUUCUCGCUGACGAGCGCAGAUGUGAGAAUGCGCUUGCCUUGCGAAGGCGCUUUAUGGGAAGCUGGUCAACCAUUAGCCACUCCUACUCCCUAUUUUGGCGUUGCCGAUCAAACGAGUUCCGUCAAUGGCGCACUUCCUUCGGUGGGGUUGGGAGGCGAUUCUCAGGAAUCAAUCGGUGGAUUCGCUUAUUGUAUUGAAGCGACCGAAAGCCUUAGUCUAGUCACAUCUUUUUUCCUCCAGCAAGUUAUAGACAUCACCAAGAUGCAUGAGGUCCAGAUGUGGCUGAUGAAAUUCAAAGAGCUAGAUUUACGCCUAGUCCAAUGGAAGCUAUAUCUUCCCGAGCAAUGGCGAGAAGCCUGUGUUUUAAAUCAAGAUGGAAUCAUGGAUCCUAACCUAACUCUUGCACAUGUUACGCAUAAUACCGCAGUAGUUCUGCUUCACCAAAGCAUCGCAUAUCCUAUGUCUGAUUGGCAUAAUAGCCGAAUUCGAUUACCUAGUGCUUCAAGCUCCGAGACCUGCCUAGCUGCAGCUACAGAAGUUGCUAUAAUAACAGAGAAGUUCUUACAAGACUCUACAUCUCCGACCAACCCGCAGUUCGCAUUCUGCCUAUUCAUAUGUGGCCGUAUGCUACUAGCACACGCAUCUUACUAUGGUGUUCCGUUGUCGAAGGACUUCGACUCCCUUGUUGGAAGUCUCCUAGAGAUGUCUAGUCGCUGGAACGGCCCGUGGAGUGCACACGAAACAUCGAACUCUAUAGAAAACUUAGCAUCCAAGUUUGCGAUGCGCCUUAGACACGCCCAACGACAAGGCCCUGGCGCUAUUGAUAUUAGACAGCCUGCAUAUUCAGAUGACAACCGACUAGAACAAGAGUCCGAAGCACCGAUCACAGUACCCAUCCACGCGGAGCAGAUAUUCAACUCAUAUCCCAAUUCUAAUAACGCUCCUACCGCCAUGUUCAACGGAGGUUUUCGGACAGACAACGUUGGAGCAAAUAAUGAGGCCUCCCCCGAUAGCAUCUCACUGGCGUUUCCUCCUCUACCACUUGCAUUCCAACCAGAUCGUUCAAACAAGACCCAUACAUCAGCGCCCCCAAUAAGCUUAGCAUCCUUACAGACUCCGGGGCCUAUGCUACGAGACAGUAAUCCAAAUCACACCGGAAAUAUGGAUUUUGGAAAUUCCGACGUACUUGAUUUCGAAGAUCUCAACACAUAUUUGCAACAACCAUUCUUACCCACGCAGAGAAUAAGCAUGUUUUCAGAACCCAUGAAUGGCCACAGGCCAACUUAACAUUUCGACCGGGGAGAAAAGAUAAGAAUAAAAUACCUGAGUGCCGAGUAGAUUUUUCUCAAAUCUAUUCCGCCGAAGGGGGCCAUUC